GAAAAUCAAUUUUUGUUACAAGGGUUGAUGCAUUUUGACCCCUCCGUUGAUUCCAUUUCCGGAAUCUUGAAAAAAACACCAGUCUCUCUCUCUCUCUCUCUCUCUCUCUCUCUCUCUCUCUCUCUUUCUCUCUCUAAAGUUGAUUAGAGUUGGUGGUGAAUGGUGAUGCAGUGAGAAACCCUGAUGAUGGAUUUGAAGGGGGUUUUCGGUUUAAUUUUCUUAUGGGCCGGUUUGCUGAUUUUGUUAAGUAAUACCGGCCGAGUUUACGCCGGUGACAUAGUUCACGAUGACAAUUUGGCUCCCAAGAAACCCGGUUGUGAGAAUGAUUUUGUCCUGGUAAAAGUUCAAACUUGGGUAGACGGAAUAGAAGAUGAGGAAUUUGUGGGUGUCGGUGCUCGAUUCGGAACUACCAUAGUAUCCAAGGAGAAAAACGCUAACCAAACACACCUUUUCCUUUCAGACCCUAGAGACUGUUGUGGUCCUGCAAACAAGAAGUUUGAUGGAGAUAUUUUAAUGGUGGACCGAGGCAACUGCAAAUUCACCACAAAGGCGAACUUUGCCCAAGCUGCGGGUGCUUCAGCUGUGCUCAUCAUAAACAACGAGAAAGAACUAUAUAAAAUGGUGUGUGAGCCCGAUGAAACCGAUCUCGAUAUACACAUUCCAGCUGUCAUGCUCCCUCAAGAUGCCGGUGCAACACUCGAAAAAAUGUUGUCAAAUGGUUCAUCAGUCUCUGUGCAGCUUUACUCUCCGAGGAGACCAGUGGUCGAUAUAGCCGAAGUAUUUCUUUGGUUAAUGGCAGUUGGAACUAUCUUGUGUGCCUCGUAUUGGUCCGCAUGGAGUGCCAGAGAAGCCGCCAUCGAGCAAGAUAAGUUUUUGAAGGACGCGCCAGAUGAACUACCGAACAUUAAAGGCAACAGUGGAAGCAGUGUGGUGGAUAUUAACACAACAUCUGCAAUCUUGUUUGUCGUCGUUGCUUCGUGUUUCUUGAUUCUGAUUUACAAACUGAUGUCUUAUUGGUUCAUUGAGCUCUUGGUGGUUCUCUUUUGCAUCGGCGGUGUAGAGGGCUUGCAGACUUGCUUAGUUGCCUUUCUAUCAAGGUGGUUCAAGCAAGCUGGAGAAUCGUUUAUUAAAGUGCCCGUUUUCGGUGCCGUUUCGUACCUUACUUUGGCCGUUGCCCCUUUCUGCAUAGCUUUUGCUGUGGUUUGGGCUGUGUACAGAGAUGUCUCGUUUGCAUGGAUUGGCCAAGAUAUACUUGGAAUUGCGCUGAUAAUUACGGUUCUUCAGAUUGUGCGAAUUCCUAAUCUCAAGGUGGGUACGGUCCUAUUAAGCUGUGCUUUCAUCUACGACAUAUUUUGGGUGUUCGUUUCUAAGAAACUGUUCAAAGAAAGUGUGAUGAUUGUGGUAGCUCGUGGAGAUAGAAGUGGUGAGGAUGGUAUACCGAUGCUUCUGAAGAUUCCACGGUUAUUCGAUCCGUGGGGUGGUUACAGUAUCAUUGGCUUUGGAGAUAUUCUCUUGCCUGGACUGCUUGUAGCAUUUUCUCUUCGGUACGAUUGGCUAGCAAACAAGAGCCUACGAGCUGGAUACUUUUUGUGGGCAAUGUUCGCUUAUGGAUUAGGUCUUCUUAUUACGUACGUAGCACUGAACUUGAUGGAUGGUCAUGGCCAACCCGCUUUGCUGUACAUUGUCCCUUUUACCCUCGGGACGUUUUUGGCACUCGGGAGAAAGAGAGGUGAUCUGAAGAUUCUGUGGACAAGAGGUGAGCCGGAUAGGGUUUGCCCACACGUUCGUCUUGAAUCCACUCAAGAAUCUCUCUGAAGAAGGAGACCUCCGUAACUUAUUCCCCGUGUAAUUAGUAUUAAGUUAAUCGUAAUUAAUGUUGGCAUAAAACAAAGUUGAAGUGUUUGUUAUAUUAGUUGUUACUGUUGUCGUGGCUCUCAGUUGUGAGGUGGAAUUCCAGAGUAGCGGAGGGGGUGUGUGCCCCCUUCGUAGAUCGGCCUCGGGCAAAUGCUGCAACUUAUAAAUAUAUUUAUGCCUAUUAUAAUAGGAAUAAUUAUG